GCGUUACAGCUUCGUUGUACCACAGACCGGUGCACGAGCGAACGACACGCGAGGCGUCACGCGCCAACGACACACCCGGCGAACGGCAUGGUUUUUUUUUUUUUCUUCUUCUUCUCCUUCUUCUUCAGAAUUCCAGAAAACAACGGCACGAUUUGCAUCGUACAGCCAAGAGAGCGACACGCGGUCAAUCGUUAUUUCAAGUACCAAUCGUGGCUCUUCUUUCUUUGAAGGAGCUCGACUCAUCAGGAAUCCCCAUCUUUCCCCAGGAGUAUCAUAGUACUCCUAAAGCGGCCUUCUACUUCUGCCUGUAAAGCUGUGGCAACGGCAACAUCUCGAUCCCCCGGUCGUCACUCCUCGCUCGAGAUACUCUCCGUGGUGUUACUGCUCGCGAAAGAGAAUCUCCAUUGUGUUACUACUGUACCUCUUUAGUCGGCGGGUGGCCCCUCAGCACUCCUCCCAUGGCGGCUAUUGGUCCCUUGGCUACCAGCGGAAGCAGAGUGCUCCCUGCCGUUUGCGUUCUGCUCACCUUGCUUGUCCUCCCUGCAGUGGCUGCGCCUGCACCGCCAGGCGGAGGCUUCCCGCCCCCUCCUCCAGGCCCAGGCUUUCCGCCCCCCCCUCCAGGCCCAGGCUUCCCGCCCCCCCCUCCAGGCCCGGGCGGCGCAACCCCCCCCGCGCCCUCCAACUGUGCAGUCAAGCAGCGGCGCAUUUGCCCCUGGUUCUGUGACAGGGAUGACAAUAGCGGGGAUGGGCCAUGCCUGUUGAAGAAGGCUUGUCCCCAGGGGCAGAUCUGCAUCCCCUUUGUAAGGAGCUGCAAGGGGUACAAGUGCGUCAAGAUAUUCCCUGGAAGCAAAUAAGAACUAGAACUUAGCAAACAUUGGAAACCUUUUGUCAUGUUGUGGUAGAUUUGGAAGUAUUGUCCCUGCCUCCCCCAGGUAUCCCCAGGUUUGUGCGAAAGACCACCUGACAAGUUACGCAGUGCACCCCCUUACGUGACUACACCACCUUGUGCUGUGAUGGGUGCAUUGAUUCCAUUGAUUGCUUUGCUGGCGCCUCCCUUGCCCACUGCCCCCAGUGCUGAGUGCCUGCCUUUGGACAUACCGUAAUCUCCCGGCAUGAUCACCCUAUGUCAUAAGGGAGGUAAUUAUUAAGACCCAUAGACAUUUAUUUUCUACUUACGAGAUUGUUUUUUGUAUGUACACUUGAGGACCAGCGGAUUCUCUUCCUCAGCCUGUCGUAGACUCACCAGUCAAAUUCCUGCUAUGGUCAAUUUUCUGUAGGCCUACUGCAUGAACCCCUUGUGCUAACGCGGUGCGAAGGUGUCAAAUGUAACUUAGGUUGUUAUUGUAGACUAUACUGGAUAAUGUCUUAGAGGGUGUAACACCCUAGUCUAUAUAUCCUUGUACACA